AUGACGUCACCAAAGGAAGAUGUAUAUGACAUUCUCAGUCACUCCCGCCCCGAUUCUAAAAAAGCUGUCUUCCUCAUCACUGACGGUUUCUCCAAUGGCGGCGAUCCCAGACCCCAAGCUCGCUUUUUACGUAAACACGGAGUAAAAAUUUUCACAUUUGGAAUUAGAAAUGGACAUGUCCAGGAACUGUAUGACAUGGCCUCGGAACCAAAAAAUGAAAGCUGUUACAUCUUGGACACGUUUGAGGAGUUUGAGUCCUUAGCACGCCGAGCAUUACACGAAGAUCUCAGUAUGGGGACCUUCAUGGAACAGCCAAUGGACCGCUGUUCCCAUUUAUGUCAUGGAAUAAGCACAUGCUGUGACCCUCAAGCAACGUGCGGGUGUGGAACUCAGGUGGGUCAGUUCCUGUGCGUCUGUCAGAAUGGCCACUAUGGCACCGGACUCCCAGGGGAGUGUUUCCCCUGCCCGCCGGGAACUUACAAGGAAAGUAGAGGACCUGGUGAUGUCACUUCCUGUACUGCAUGUCCAGACAUCAACCAUACAACAGAGCCAGGUGCUACAUCAUCAUCACAGUGUUUCUGCAAAAUAGGGUUUAGGAGCUUCAACGAAACCGGAUGUUCCGCGUUGACCUGUCCUCAGAUGACCCCGCCCAAACAUGGCUACUUUGUAAACGACAAGUGUAACAAUGUCUUCAAUGCUGCAUGUGGGAUGAAGUGUAAACCCGGGUACGAGUUGCGUGGAAGCAGUUUGCGAAUCUGCCAGGAGGAAGGAGGCUGGUCAGGCACGCCAACAAAAUGCAUAAUGAAGACCUGUCCCGCCCUGCCCAGACCUAAGAACGGUAAUAUGAUUUGUAGUAAUGACGAUUUCACAUUUUCCACCAUGUGCCGCUUCACCUGUGAUACUGGCUAUAAGUUGGUAGGAUCUCGUAAACGUCAGUGCCUUGCGAACGCACUGUGGACCGGUAUCCCGACUAGGUGUCGAGAAAUAACAUGCCAACCCCUUCCUUCUGUUCGUGAUGGAAAUGUGUUUCCUGCCAUGUGUAAUCUUGGAGAAGUUUCCUUCGGGACCACUUGCCAAAUAUCUUGCUAUGCAGGCUAUAGUCUUAUCGGGCCUAGCCGGAAGCAGUGUACACCAGACGGGAUGUGGGCCCCGGCUAUGGAUGGAGAAAUGAGUAGAUGUGAAGAUACGGAGGCACCUCUUCUACACUGUCCUUUCGAUAUUGAAGUUGUGGCUGAUGACACUGAAGACAGUGCUGAAGUAGACUGGAUCGUGCCACUAGCCCUGGAUAAUUCCGGCUAUCGACCUUCGGUUAAGGUGGUGCCCGCCGUCCAGCCUCCCAAACGGUUCCCAAUCGGUCUGACAGCAGUCAAAUACAUUGCAGAGGAUCACCAGGGCAACCUGGCAAAGUGUCAUUUUAGUGUCAUAAUCAGAGAUGUGACUCCUCCAACCAUUGAUCAAUGUUACUCACCUCUUCCAUUUAUAUCUGCGGAGCGAUAUGCAAAUAUAACUUGGGAUGAACCACAGUUUAGUGACAACUCCGGUGAGAAGGUCAGAAUUGAAAGGUCACAUGAACCGGGUUUGUUUCCACAGGGAAUAACAUCUGUUCGAUACACUGCCUUUGAUGAGAGUGGAAACAACAGUACAUGUAAUGUGGAUAUAUCUGUAAUACCACACCCCUGUCAGUACCCAGACGCCCCACUAAGUGGAACUAGGGAGUGUAGAGAAGAAGAAGAGGGUGUGUACUGCCAUGUCACGUGUAAUGAAGGGUACGCGUUUGCCAUAGAACCAGCUAAGGAGUAUUUCUGUGCGUACGACAACAUAUGGAGACCAAUGGACAAGUUACCGAUCCCAGACUGUUCUGCCAAGUCAGCGUCUGAUGCCAUUACACAGCCAGCAUCCAUUACGUACCUGGCUAGUGUGCCGUGUACCGACCACAACAUCCUCAACGAAAUACAGUUGACGUUCGAGAGAAAUGUCAAAGAGAAGGUGAACACCUUGUGCACUGAAAGUUUCCAGUGUACAGUGGAGAACUUUGAGACGACAUGUGAACAGUCAGAAGGUGUGGCUACAAAAACAGGAAAUAUUACUGUAGACGUUAAUCAACAGAAGGAACUGACAAAAAGCCUGACCAAUGUUCUCAACAAGCUAGAAAAGAAAGCCACACAAGGAGAAUUGGACCUAGAGAUGAGCGGAACACGAAUGCACUUUGCCAACAUGACGUACGAUACUAAAGGGCCACGGUCGAACUGCAAUCCUGGCAGGGUUCCUGUCAACGGCCUGUGUGUUCCUUGCCCUGCUGGAACAUUCUUCAAUGUUGUAACUAAGGAAUGUGAUGCCUGUCAGACUGGAAGUUUCCAGCCCCAGGAAGGAGAGAUCACAUGUGUAGUUUGUCCUUCAAACACCUCUACUCACGGAAAUUAUUCUAAGUCGGAAAGUGAAUGUAAAGCGCUGUGUCUACCUGGUACUGUUUCUACUGACGGCCUUGAACGGUGCUCCACCUGCCCUAUCGGAACCUAUCAAACCCUGUAUGGGAAGACGUCAUGUAUCCUUUGUCCCAAUAACCAAACAACCGUACGGCGAGGUUCCAGAGGAGUAUCUCACUGUAAAAACAGAUGUGGCCUAGGACACGUCUCUAAGAAUGGUCUCGAACCCUGUUAUUCAUGUCCAAGAGGUACCUAUCAACCGGAAGUGGCCAUGUCCUCCUGCUUCCGAUGUCCAGGGGAAGGCACUACGGCCGAGCGCGCAUCAACAAAUUUAUCAGACUGUCAAGGCGGAUGGGACACUCAAAUGCAGGCAGACGUACCCCCAGGAGAAACAUUGGAGCAGUCUAUACCGGUCAAUGAUUGCUUCGUCGACCGGUGUCAAAAUGGAGGGUCAUGUACCACUCGAGAUUUUGGAUUCCAUUGUGAAUGCUUACCAGGUUUUGAAGGUAUUCAUUGUGAGACCGUCACAAAUGAGUGCGAGGGAAACCCUUGUCUUAACUCUGGCGUGUGUGUUGAUCAAAAGGCCGAUUUCUCCUGCCAAUGUGAACCUGGAUAUACAGGGAAAAAGUGUGAGGUCGAUAUUGACGAUUGUAUUACGUCACCUUGUCAGAACAACGGCACGUGCGUGGACGAGGUGAACGCGUACGUGUGCUCUUGUGCUACUGGUUACCAAGGUGAUUCCUGUGAACGUCUUGUCGACGAUUGUCACACUAACCCAUGUGUGAACGGAGGGUCAUGCGAGAAUGUUCUAGAGGGGUACACAUGUACCUGUACGACAGGUUAUGAGGGAGCAGAUUGUGAGAUAAACACGGACGAGUGUGAAAGCUCGCCUUGUGAAAAUGGUGCUGAAUGCGUCGAUGGUAUCGGGGCAUUUGGUUGUCGGUGUCGGCCUGGAUUUACAGGAAAGACGUGUGACGUGGAUGUCGACGAUUGCGCAUUAACUCCCUGUUCACCACUAUCUACAUGUGAGGAUCUGGUCAACGGCUACGAGUGUCAUUGUCCCUCUGGCUUCACUGGAUCCAAGUGUGAAUCAGAGCUAACGGAUAAUUACAUGUUGGUGUUUCCAUCGUCUGGCGUGAUAAACUACACUACUACUACCAUCGCGUCUGACCUUACCGCUCUGACAGUCUCGUUCUGGAUGAAGACGGAUGACGAUACCAAUCAAGGGACACCGUUUUCUUAUGCUUCGUCUAGCGCUAUGGAUAACGCUUUCACCUUAACCAAUUAUGAAGGGUUUGUAAUAAGUGUAAACAACCACCAGCAGGUAACGGAUGUGUACGCAAAUGACGGAGUAUGGCAUCACAUCAUAGUCACAUGGGCUUCGAAUCGAGGCUCCUGGAAGAUCUACAAGGAUGGCAUUGUCUGGGAUUCCGGCUAUGAUCUAGCGGCAGGAGAAGUAAUUGCAGGUGGUGGUACUUUCGUUGUGGGUCAGGAACAGGAUCCGGAUGGCUUUAGCAGUAGUGAAUCCUAUAUAGGACAGCUAACAAGACUGAAUAUAUGGUCUAGUGAACUGCCCCUUACAACUAUAGAUGAAAUGAGGAUAUCGUGUGAUGUUGAACAGGGUGAUGUUAUAGCUUGGGCGGACAUUCAGUCGGGCAUGCGUGGGACAUUAAGUGCAGAACCGGCCAAUUUUUGUCGAGACUGUCCUGUCCCGGUAACGCCAACCUACGGUACCAUCGAGUACAGUGGCACUUCAUCUGGCUCCCUUGUGACGUACGCCUGUCUGCGAGGUUUCAACGUGGCAGGAAGGGACAGACGACAGUGCAUGGUAACUGGAGACUGGGAAGGGGAGAGUGUUAACGUAAUGUCUUCAGUUAUGACAAUAGAGUGCGCUAUACUUGCUAUAAAAAUCAUCGACUUGUUGGCAAGGUUAUGUUGGACACCUACCUGUGAAC